UUCAUCAUUACGUGAAUGCUGGUGAUGAAUAGUUAUAUAAAUAAUGUGUUGAUGGUUGAUGAUCGAGCUGACGGAACCAUGGCAGAUGUACUUCCAGCACCUUUAAAUACCCACAAACGAGCCCCAGAUUUAAAGGAGAUCCGCCAAUGCAGUAUCGCUGAAUUGGAUAUAGAUAUGUUCUUAAAAAUAUCAAAUUAUGAAGACACUGUCCGUCAAUUAGAUAUUUAUUACGGCAUAGUAAAGAGGCAGUUGCUGAGACAUCAGAGCUGCAUCACUGGACUAUUUCCCCAAAUAUCAAGUGACAAAGUUGUUGGCAGCGUGAGAGAAAGUAUUUAUUGUGCUGCAGCUAUCUGGAGCUUGUAUCAGGCAUAUAGGCGGAUAGAUGAUGACAGAGGGAAAUCUUAUGAACUCGGACAGUCAGCCAUCAAGUGCAUGCGUGGCAUCCUUGAAUGCUGGAUAAAACAAUCGUCCAGGAUUGAAUUAUUCAAACGCAAUCAGUGUAAUUUAUUUGCCCUGCAUUGUAAAUUUCACCUUGUUACUGGUGAUGAAGUAUUUCCAGAUACCGAUUACCACCAUUUACAGAUCGAUGUCGUGUCUCUCUAUCUGAUCUUUCUUGUUCAAAUGAUAUCUUCUGGCUUGCAAAUAAUAUAUACUCAGGACGAAGUAGCCUUUGUACAAAAUCUAGUCUAUUACGUUGAACGAGCUUAUCGAACUCCGGAUUUUGGGAUUUGGGAACGAGGAAGUCGUUACAAUGAUGGAACACCCGAGAUACACGCAAGUUCUAUUGGUAUGGCAAAGAGUGCACUAGAAGCUAUAAAUGGGUGCAAUUUAUUCGGGGAGAAGGGUGCUUCUUGGUCAGUCAUAUACGUUGACAUUGAUGCACACAAUCGCAACCGUAGCAUAUUUGAAACAAUGCUUCCAAGAGAGUCUAGUUCUAAGAGUGUUGAUGCAGCUUUGCUCCCUACGAUUUCAUUUCCAGCAUUCGCUACUCACGAAGAAAGUCUAUACAAUGAAACUAAAGCAAACAUUAUAAGUAGGCUCCAGGGAAAUUAUGGUUUCAAACGGUUCGGUAGAGAUGGCUAUAAAACAGUGUUGGAAGAAACGCACCGUCGCUAUUACAAGCAAGGAGAAAUCAAGGAAUUCGACAACGUGGAAUGCGAGUGGCCAUUGUUUUAUAUCUUUAUGAUUAUUGACGGAGUAUUCAAGACCUUGCCGGAGCAAGUUGAGGAAUAUCAGAACUUAUUGAAGUCAAGACUUCAUAAGGACGCAAACGGAGAUCCUGUGAUUCCAAUGUAUUACUUCGUUCCGGAAGAAAGUAUCGAAGUAGAGAGAGCACACCCAGGUAGCGCUCUGCGAAUGUCCAGUGUGGAGGGGCGAGGACAAAGAACAACAUCUGAAACCGAAAGUGAAACCCUUUACCUGUGGAAUCAAGCCAUGUUUAUAAUUGCACAGUUAUUGACUGCUGGCUUGUUGCACAUCAAUGAGCUGGAUCCAAUUCGACGUUAUCUCCCAUCCUACAACAGGCCUCGUCGGGCUGGUAGAUAUUCUGCGUUUCAGGCAAAGCCCAGUAUUGGAACCCAUACCGACCUAGUUGUUCAGAUAGUCCUAAUCGCUGAGUCUAUGAGACUCCAGGCUAUGAUGGCUACGUAUGGUAUCCAAACACAGACUCCCCAUGAAGUAGAACCUGUACAGAUUUGGUCAUCUACUCAAUUGGUUAAGGUUUACGAACAGCUUGGUGUCAACAACAAAUUAGAUCUGCGAGGUAGACCAUCAAGACCGGUCGGGUCUCUGGGAACUAGCAAGGUGUACAGAGUGUGCGGUAUGACAGUUUUAUGUUAUCCUUUAAUAUUCGAAGUCUCCGAGUUUUAUUUAUACCGGGAUAUGGCACUCUUAAUUGACGAUAUAAAAACAGAGCUCCAGUUUGUCGGUAGAUAUUGGAGACUGUCAGGUCGGCCUACUGUCUGUCUUUUGAUUAGAGAGGAACAUAUGAGAGAUCCACAGUUCAAACAAAUGCUAGAUCUAUUUGCAAUGUUGAAAAAGGGCUACUGCGAUGGGACUAAAGUGAGAAUUGGCCGGUUACAAAAUCUGAUAUCGUCAUCGUGCAUUGAACAUCUAGACUUUAUGAAUACAAUGGAUACGGAUCUAUCAUUAACGCAAUUUCGGCAAUUGGAACACGAGUAUAUUGGGUAUCAGAGUUUAACAGAUGUACCCAGGGCAUUGUCAUAUUCUGAGGAAUUGAAAGAAUAUUCGAAUUAUAUGAAAGAGCCGUUGUGCAAUAUACUAGACGAAAUUCGACAUGCCGAUGGUCUUUACGCCAAAUGCCAACUCUAUGGUAUCCUGUUGAAACGUGAAGGCGCUGAUUACAAAUAUAAUGAAAUGACAGUCAGAGAUCACCUAAGAGCGCUUUACCAGCAGGCUGGUGGUCUCAGAUUUUGGAUGGCUGUUCGAUAUUGCAGCAGCUUGUUAAAUCAUACCGUCGACAGUAUCAGCCCAUUUAUCACAGGUGUACUUGUGAACGGAAAGCAUAUAACUGUCGGUGUAAUAGGACACGAAGAAACGGUCUUUGAUAAACCUAUGACUCCUGCCGAGAUCCAGUCCGUUAUGUAUUCAACCAUACAACCUCACAAUGUCAUUCAUGCCGUACUGCAGCAGGAAGUUCUUUUGUACUGCGGACGGCUUAUCGGUACUAAUCCAGAAAUGUUUAAAGGCAUUCUCAAAAUACGCAUCGGGUGGGUCCUGGAAGCUAUAAAACUGUACGUCGAAAUGUUUGGAAAAAAUCCGAAAUCAAUCGAGAAUUAUAGCCCCUACGAAGUGAGACGUUUUUUAAUCAAAGUCUUGACCAUCAAGGAUUGGGCAGCUACAAAAAAUUUGAGCGUACUGGCAAGAAGGAAGAUCGAAGGAUGCCUAUGCAGAGUUCCUGCAGACUUUUACAAUCAAGUGUGGGAAGUUUUGGUUCGUUGCCCAGGUGGCAUAACUGUCAAUGGUCGAGAAUUGGCCCAACAGCCAACAUUGUUUAAUAUGACUAGAUCGGAACUUACGUUUGCGCUUCUUGUGGAAUCAAUUCUCAACCAUAUUCCGUCACCGGAAUAUCGGCAGAUGGUUGUUGAACUGCUCACUAUUGUAUCUACAAUAUUGCUGAGGAAUCCAGAGCUCAAAUUUCAAAAACAACUAGACUUGAACAAGCUUGUAGAAGACGCCUUCACGAUGUACUGUAAGGAUCAGAACAUCGAGAAAACAGACGAUAUGACUUCCCUAUUUUCUGCGCACUGCUCAAUUACAACGGGAUACCUCGCUAGAGCGGUAGUUAAUAACGUACUCAUCGGCGGCUUAUUUUCUACUGUUUUGAAUGCACACGACACCGUCCAAGCGGAUGAAAUGUGUAAGAUAACUUAAUUUGUAACAAUUAUCCUUCGAGCUGUAGUUUAUUUCAAGCGUGUACUAUACACAGCAUAUGCCUAUCGGCUGUUAGUGAUAGUCAUGUGAGGAGUUUUUGGAGUGUUAAUUGGAGUAAUCGUAGGGCAUGAUUAUUAGUUGGAAUGAAUCUAUCCACAAAGAGGUCCUCGUUAUAUACAAAUGUGUUAUUAUUAAUAAAAAAUUUAUUUCGAUAA